AUGAUGGCAAUGGUGAACAAAGUGUUGGACUGGAUCCGCAGUCUAUUUUGGAAAGAGGAGAUGGAACUGACACUUGUCGGUCUUCAGAACUCUGGAAAGACGACUUUCGUCAAUGUUAUCGCUAGCGGCCAAUUCACAGAAGACAUGAUCCCAACUGUCGGAUUCAAUAUGAGAAAAAUCACCAAAGGAAACGUGACAAUCAAACUCUGGGAUAUCGGAGGUCAACCGCGCUUCCGAUCGAUGUGGGAACGGUAUUGUCGUGGUGUCAACGCCAUCGUCUUCAUGGUCGAUGCUGCUGAUGAGGAGAAGCUCGAAGCUUCCAGAAACGAAUUGAUGCAACUUCUCGACAAGCCACAACUUGAUGCCAUUCCAGUGUUGGUGCUCGGAAACAAGAAGGAUCUGCCGGGAGCACUUGAUGAGCGACAAUUGAUUGAGAGAAUGAACUUGUCUUCAAUCCAAAAUCGCGAGAUCUGCUGCUACUCGAUUUCUUGCAAAGAAAAAGAGAAUAUUGACAUCACACUGCAGUGGUUGAUUGAUCAUUCGAAGGCUCAACGCUAA